AUGGCCUCCUAUGCAUCUGCAACACCAAAUAAUUCUUUAAAACAUGUUGAAUGGAUGUGGAAAGCAAAUCCAAAUCCAUUUUCAUCAUCCGAGCCAACCAUAUGGAAUCAUUAUUCGGAUUUAGAAAACUUAGUCAUCGAAGAAGCAUUUCAAAGCAAACAACAACGAGCUUUAUUGGAUGGUUAUUAUAUUGAUUUCGAAAGUAAUCUGCAAAUAUCGAACACUGAUGAUUAUAGGCAAAGACCAAUAGAACGAGUCGUGCGCGAGCGACAAGACAAACAUCUACGAGAAACACGUUUUAUGGACCUUCCUGUUAGUACUGAACGUUCGUUUGGUGGUCAAUACGGUUGGACAAGUCCCUUUGUCAUCGAAGUCAGAAGAGACCUGAAACUUCAACCAGAUGAUUUACCUUCAAAAAAGCCAAACAUGAUUCCGAUGCUUAUUGAAAAAGCUGCUUGCGGUAUCGUUGAAGAAGGAAAACAUAUUGGAAAACAACGAGAAGCCGAAAAAUUAGCUAAAAUGCUAAGAGAAAAGAAGAACGCUGGUAUGGAGGAAGUAUGGAAACUUUGUGUUUAUCUUUACACAUUGGAAAGUUUCCUCUACAAAACAUUGAAUGCAGCAAUGAGAUUAGUUGGAGAUAAAGGACAUGAACAAGUAUGGCGAAGUAAAGUUCGUACAUUAGGUCCAUUCUGUUUACUACUCUGGGAUGAUCCAUUUAAUCAAAAAGUGACAAUUAAAAAGACACUUUAUCGAGGAGCCGAACUGACGAAAGAACAGAUCGCUAAAUAUGAAGCUAUGGCCAAAGAUAAAGAGGCAUUUGGGUCAUUUCAAGCCUAUACAUCUUGUAGUCGCAAUCGUAAAAAAGCCGAAGAAUUUGGAAACACAUUAUUCAUUAUGGAAGUGAUGUAUGCCUUUAUUGCUGAUCUCAGUCCAUUAUCUGAGUAUUCUGAAGAAGAAGAAGAACUUAUUACACCAGGUGUUUGCUUUCGGGUUAAAAGCGUUGAAUUCAAUCGCAAGACAAAGAAAUAUUUGAUUCACUUGCUACUUCAACAACGAUUUUCACGUAAGCAAGAAAAUAUUCUUUCUAAUCACACUUACAAUAUAAUAAUAAUAUUUCAUAAAAUAUUAUUUUCAUUCGAUAUGCUGUAUUAAGAUUAUAGUAAUUGACAAUAUUGAAAUUCCGUCACAUAAAUAGGUUGAAGUUCCAUAUGUACUGUCAUAGUUAAGAAAUAAUAGUUUAUCUAGCUAAUCAAACUUUCCUAUACAAAUGUUAGCCCGUGUUUUAUCGGUUAAAAUAUGUAUGAACAAUCUUGAAAAUGCAUGUACAGAAUCGAAUAGGCAACCUAUUAAAAGAAUCACCUUUUAAAUAUUUCAGACAUUGAUCCACUUGUUGACAAUUUGACGCACAUAUUUUUUCAAUUCAUAGUGCAUAAUAUUCUUUACAAAACCGCUUAGCAGUAUCCCUUCAAUAAGAUAAAUGGAAAACUAAUUAUAUCUGACUAGUAAUACUAAACUCUCGUUAUGCUCAUUUCGCAGUUUGCUUUCUUAUUGUUUCAAUUUUCCAUUGUUAUUUAUUAAUGAAGAAAAAAAAUUCAAAUAUUACAUUUUGUAGACCACGAAAAGUUUUAUCAGUUGAAAGAGUAUUUUUUCCAUUCCACAUACCUUUCCAAAGAAAACAUCUUGUAAGUGUUCCUUUAUUUAAAUUUUAAGAAUCGUCAAUACAAACUCCCUAAAAUUUUGAUUUAGUUAAACAGGAUUUUCAGUUUUAUACGGCUUCAAGUUCAUUACUAUGUUGAAGGAAUAUAUUCUUUUUAUCUACAUUUGAGACAAGGGAGAACUUGUGGAAACUUUUUUUCUACGGUGAGUGGUGUAAGUAACAAAAGCAAUCAUUGGCUUCAAUCUAUAAUCUCGAAAAGGCUGACUUUGAGAAGUGUCACAAAAUUGCUUGAACAUCUUUUCUAAAUUCUAUUAGAAACAACCUACUUAGUAUCAUAGGAAGCCUAUUUUACAAUAAUCUGAAGUCUGUUUAAUCGAAGGAGAAAGAAUGAAUUUAAAAACAAAGCCACGUUGAGAGCGAAAUUUUUUCGGACAUAACACCAAUAAUCAAAUAUAGUUUUCCACUGAUACGUUUGAAGAUAUUCUUGUUUGACAUUUGUAGAGAAUUUCACAAGAUAUUUUUUGAAAAAGUGUCAAUAAAAUGAGUAGUAAUUGAAAGAAAUUUUGAAAAACUACUUAAAAGAUAAUUUAUUGAGAGCUAAUCAUUUUAUUGGAAACUAUUUUAUAUAUAUAUAUAAAUUGAAAAGUAUUUUUAAAAAGUUCAUUCAGAAUCGGUUCGUUAUUUCUUCUUGAUGAUUAUAAUCUGAGGCAUUACUAAAAUUUCAUCUGUUACAACAGAACAAAGUGAAAGGCUCGAAAAAAGACUCGGACGUUUGUUUGGAUAUGAGUUCACUUAAUAUUGUUGAUUUUUUUGGGCUUAGACUCAUCACCAUAUUCUCUACAAGCGUAAUCGAAAACAGUUUGAUAUUCGUUUCUAAUGAAUUGAUCGAAAAGUUUAAAAAAAUAGCGACUUAACAUAUACAGUCGAAUUCGAAUAUAAAAAUCAUAAGGGGUCGAUAAAAGCUUUCGAGAUUUGAAUGACUUAAUCUUCAAAAUAAACUUACAUGAACUGAUGUUUAUAAAUGAUCUGAGGUAUUGACUCUAUGAAUAUCUCGAAAACAAUAUUUGGAAAAGCCUUAGCUCUAACACUGAGUAACGAAUAGUAGCAUUGUCCCAAACAUGGUUUAAUAUCUAGACUUGAACCUUCUUCAAGUUAUCACGAUAUUGUUUAUAUUAGAAGAUAUAUUUUUAAUGCUCUUUGAGACAAUUAUUUCCAUCGAGAGGCAAGGUCUGAUAGAGCAUUCUUGAACACAAAAUCAGAAAGAUGUUCGCGCAUAUCAAAAAUGAACUAGUACUUAAGAAGGAUCUUUUUCAUCGCUGGUUAGUUAACUAUUUGCCCAUAGUAAUGUAGACUACGAUCUAUAAGUACCUGUGCAAAUAUCAAGACCUUCUAUGUUCAAAAGCAAAUUACUGAGAAUCUAAUCUCCUCACCUACAGAUAGAUCAUAUAUAUAUAUAGAUUCAAUCAUAUAUCCACAGUAACAUUAGUAUAUAUUUGUACACAAUCUAUAUCAUAAAAUUUUAAUGUUAUUAAAAUCAAUAAUUUAACACCAAUCUUAUUUUGAUUUUCAUUACGUGGACUAAAAGAUAUGGUAUGAUGUUUAAAUUUCAGAAGAGAAGACUGUAGAAUAUAGAUUUCUUGAAAAUCAAUUUUUUACUUGUUUUUUUUUGUGUGUAUUUAACUUAGGCGUCAAUCAGUUUUAAAAGAAAAUCGAAGAGAUUCAUAUUUUUGUAAAAAAUAUAUAAGCACAUAUUUGUAGAGAAAAGCUUGUGAAAAUGUUCAAUAUAUGAAAGAUUUUUAAAUCUGACAAGAAUGUGGAAAAAUUGUUAUGUUGCAGCCAUGAGGGAUAGAAAAACGAUUGCCUUAGAAAAUCGUUGAUAGUGCCAAUGUUGACAUAAUUAGAGAUUUAACUUGAAAUCUUUGCAAUUGGGCAGACAGUUCUUCAUUAGUUGUUUUUUACUGAAUGAAAUAUACUUUGAUAGUUUUAUAUUUAAACUAAUAAAACAUGUUGAGAGUGUAUGUUUGCGUACUCAUUAAAAAAGAAUAAGAAAAAUUUGUUUUUAUUUGUCCAAACUAUUGGACAGGUUUUAAUCGAACUCCUUUCUCAUUUUUUCUAAUAGUCAAAUCAGAAUAGUAUUUCUUAUUGUGCGAACUACCUUAUAUGUAUUUGAAAAUUAAAACUAGAUUUUUGAUUAUCAUUCAGGAGUAAAUGUUAAUUUGAUUUAAUCAGCUAAUGAAUAAAUAAAUUUUUUUAAUGUUAUUUUUAAGGUACACUUUAUAGAUUUACUUCGCAUUCGUCUGUGAGAAAGCAAAUAGAGACAAUCGAUUAGAAGAUAAUGUUUCCUCUUGAUGCUUUGUUG